UGCACACGUAACAGUUGCCAUUAUCACCAUUGUCUGUAUCACACCGUGUUGUGUAUGGCCCAAGACUGAGUCCAUUUGAUCACCACUUUACCUUCACGCCUCCUCGUUCGGUAGCGCACAGUCAGCGCGAGGCUCAUGACUAACCAGAAGGCACAUUGGCUCACGUGCCUGGUGGGGCUGUUUGUCCACAGGGUGCCAACCGUAAUUUCUCUCCAUUCUGGUUCGGAUAUUGCUGCGACGGCUACAGUGGCAUCGCUAGCAAAUGCUUCCAAGUACCAUCAUGCAGACAUGCUCUCGUCGGAACAGGUCUUCACCUUCACUGGGAGCGACCAGUAUUAUUACACGCAGGGCCACACUCAGUUCCUGGUGAAGGCCUACGGUGCUGGCGGAGGGAACUUUUUGAGAUCAGGAACGGAAGGUGGGGUUGGAGGUUACGCCGAGGCCGUCAUCAUCGUCCCUGCGGGCACGGACCGCUUGACGGUCGUCGUCGGGGAAGCCGGCGCCACUUGGGGAGACGGGUCAUCUCCAGACCCUUGCUACCACAACGCCUUCGGCGGCGGCGGCAGGUCUGCCUGCGACGGUUACAACACAGCCGGAAGCGGGGGUGGCCGUUCGAGCGUCAGGCUCGAUGGUGAGGACAUCCUCACUGCGGGUGGGGGCGGAGGUGGCUCGGGUAAGUGGGUGGCAUCCGUCGAGUGCAAGGGGCCAGGAGGGAGCGGUGGCGGAGAGGCUGGCGGGACCGACUGCGAUUCUUCUCUGCUCUCCGGCCAGGGUGGCACGGCUUCCGCCGGGGGCGCGGGGGGAGUCGGCACCAAGAUGACGGGAGGCGCUGGCGGGAAAUACAAAGGCGGUGAUGGGAAUUCAAGCUCGGGCUGGAGCGGCGGCGGCGGCGGUGGCGGCUACUACGGAGGCGGGGCCGGAGGAGGGCAGCCUUUUUGGCAUGGCAGCGGCGGCGGCGGUUCCGGAUUCGCGGCGCAUCCAUCCGUGGUCUAUUCGGGUGUCGAUUUAGUGACUGGCGGAGGUGCCUUGGCCGGCACAAAUGGCAACGUCACUAUCAUGGUCUAUCCAGCUGCCUGCGGCAGACCUGGUCCCUCGUCCCUCCCUCCCCCCCGUCCUUUUUGAUUCUUAAGGAAUGGGCGUGGGUCCAGGAUUCUCUUCAAGUUUGCAAGUCUGUUUCCUGGUCCCUCGAUUGAGGUGGGCCAGCUCAGCGGAUUUCGCCUCGAUGCAAAACGAAACGAAGUGCCAUUUUCAGGGGGUGGACAGAACCCCCACCCUGACACGUAGAUUAGUGAGUUGUCCGCU